AAAAGAGGUUCAAAAUGAUUCAUACUAGACUUGUAUGAAUAAUGCGGAAAGCCAAAGCCAAAAAAGCCUAACCUCUUCCCUCUAUCGUCUUUCUGGAUCCAAUCGGUGACGGCCGACAACCGUUUUUCUUGAUCUCCGACAACCUUAACCACAAUUAAAACCCAACUUAUAUUUCUUAAUUGAUCAAAGCUGUCACUUCACAUAUACAUACAUAUAUACAUACAUACACCAUCUCAUAUGUAUAUAGAGAUACAUAGAUAGAUCCAAAGUUGUUAAAAUUACACCUCAUUCUUGUGCUAGCACAUAUAGUUGUCGCAUGGUGAUGCAUGGAAGCCUAAAUAGAAGAUUUGCAUACUGCGCAAAGGGGAGGUGCAUUUCUAUACGUGUAUUUUGUUAUUAAGUCCUGAGAUGGCAUGCCACUAUCCUUAAAACUUCAUAGGUCUUUUCAAAGAUGGCAUUUAGUGGAAUUGCAGAUUUUUUUUCUUCUGUGAUAAGUCGUUUCUCAGCUCCAAGAUCGUCUACAGGUCCAUAUGCAUCAUCUGGAUUACCACCACUUGGUAGUCCUGUUCAUGGAUUUGGUUUCCCUGGUUCUAGACAAAAGAAUCUUUUAAGACUGUCCUCAUCCCUUCAAGAUUUCUCUGCAUAUCGUCGUCUUGAUCCAGAGGAUGGCAACUUUAGCCCUGCAGUUGAUAACAGUUUACCUAAUACAAACCAGUACCAUUUCAUUAGAGAGAACGGUGGAACAAGUUUCUCCAAAGAGAAGUCAUCAUCACAAUCCAAUGUAAAAAGAAAAUGGGUGCGAGUAAUGAUGAUUCUAUUGUGCUUGCUGUUGUUUGCUUUGCUUAUUUAUGGUUUACUAUUUUUAUAUUCAAACUGGGCUAAUGGGUCAGCCAGAUUCUAUGUUGUCCUUGAUUGUGGUAGCACCGGAACACGGGUUUAUGUGUACCAAGCAUCCAUAAAUCACCAAAAAAGUGGUAGUCUUCCUAUCAUGUUGAAAUCAAUACCAGAAGAUCUUAAGAGCAAACCUAGUUCUCAAAGUGGGAGAGCUUAUAACCGUAUGGAGACUGAACCAGGGUUUGAUAAACUGGUCCAUAAUGCAUCUGGUUUGAAGCAUGCAAUAAAACCACUUCUGAAAUGGGCAGAAAAACAGAUCCCGAAGCAUGCACAUAAGACCACAUCAGUCUUUCUUUAUGCAACAGCUGGCGUUCGGCGGCUGCCUAGUAUAGACUCAGACUGGCUUCUAAAAAAUGCUUGGUCCAUAAUGAAGCAUUCAUCUUUCUUGUGCCGAAGAGAGUGGGUUAAGAUUAUUAGCGGCAUGGAGGAAGCAUACUACGGUUGGAUUGCUUUGAAUUAUCAUGCUCAUGUUCUAGGAGCUACACCAAAAAAAGAAACAUUUGGUGCACUUGAUUUGGGUGGUUCAUCAUUGCAGGUCACAUUUGAGAGCCAAGACUACCUUAACAAUGAGACUAGCUUGAACUUAAGAAUUGGCCCAUUAAACCAUCACUUGAGUGCAUAUUCUCUUGCAGGUUAUGGUCUGAAUGACGCCUUUGAUAAAUCUGUGGUGCAUCUCUUAAAACAGAAUCCCCAACCUAAUUUACUUAAAGGAAAAGCUGUAGUAAAACAUCCUUGCUUGCAGACUGGUUACAAAGAGAAAUACAUCUGCUCCCAGUGUCAUUCUGCACUUCAGCCAAACAGAAGGAAGCUUUUGGGCAAAGGAGGAAAAUCUGGGAUUCCGGUUCAGUUGAUUGGUGCUCCAAAAUGGGACGAAUGUAGUGCUUUGGCUAAAAUAACCGUCAAUUUAUCAGAAUGGUCAACAAAGAGUCAAGGGAUUGAUUGUGAUUUACAUCCCUGUGCUCUUCAAAGUGAUUUACCUCGCCCAUUUGGUCAAUUCUAUGCCAUGUCUGGUUUCUACGUGGUUUAUCGAUUUUUUAACCUAAGUUCCGAUGCUGCUCUUGACGAUGUUCUAGAAAAAGGUCGGGAGUUUUGUGAAAAAGCAUGGGAUGUCGCUAAGAAGAGUGUGCCACCUCAGCCCUUUAUAGAGCAGUAUUGCUUCAGGGCACCAUAUAUUGUUUUACUAUUGAGGGAAGGCUUACACAUAACAGAUAGACAAGUCACCAUUGGUUCAGGGGGUAUUACUUGGACGACUGGAGUUGCUCUUUUGGAAGCCGGGAAUGCAAUAUCCGCACGGGCAAGCCUGCGUAACUAUAGAUUGUUAGAGAUGAAAAUAAAUCCGCUUAUUAUUCCUGUGAUUUUGUUUGUUUCCUUGUGUCUUGUUGUCUGUGCCUUAUCCAAGUGUGGGCCAAGGUUCUUCCGUAGGCUAUAUUUUCCCCUUAUUAGGCACAACAGCACGUCAGGGACUUCAGUUUUGAAUAUAUCAAGUCCUUUUAAUUUCCGGCGUUGGAGUCCAAUCAUUUCAGGGGAAGGAAGAGUUAAGAUGCCACUGAGCCCAGUGGCAAGUGCUCAAAACAGAGCCUUCGGUCCGGACAUCCAGCUGGCUGAAUCUUCACUAUAUCCUGUUACACAUAGCUUUUCUUCAAGCAGUCUGGGCCAGUCCCAGUUUGAUAGUAUCAAUAACAUGGGCGCAUUCUACUCGGGUCCCCACCGAGGUCAAAUGCGUCUGCAGAGCAGACGAUCACAAUCUCGAGAAGACCUUAAUUGUUCAGUUGCUGAUGCACAUUUGGUCAAGGUUUGAGGCAUCUCAUGUUAAUUUUUUCUUCACCAACCAAUAUCUCAAACUAAACUCGAUUCAUCAUAGAGGCUUUGUAAAUGUUAUAAUGCUUUUUCGCCAUAUGCAAAGUCUUUUUGAUCCUGAGUGAGCCAACUCACUAGGAAAGGGGGAGUCAACAAACGCUGAAAAGUUCUGAUGGCUAACUGGAAGGUUAGGCCUGAACUUUGUAGAUACCUUAACAUGUUGGCCUUGACAACGCAUGGUUUGACCAAGUGGUGAGAUCUGUUUUCUUGCGGAUCGAGGUUCUUGACGCUGAGGGUUUGCAUACUUUUGAUGAUUUUUUUGUACAAUCAAUUCUCCAGUCUUUAAAUAGGAGAGAUGAUGCUGGGGGCAUGUUAACAUAUUGGCCUAAUUGGGGGAUUCUUUUUGUACAAUAUCUGAUAGAUUCCUGUUGCUUAAGUUAAAGUUAUACUUCAGUUAUUUUCUGUUAUUCGCGUCAAGCUAUAGAUUUACAAAUUUAGCUAUACUUUUGGGUUCCUUCUUGCACACUGGAGAUUGGAUGAUAGCUAUAGAGGGCGCUGAGCUUCUGUUAUAGGAAGUUACGUAGGAAUAUGUACUUUCUUCUUUACAUUUGUCUUGAAAUAUACCGUAUAAGAAUGCAUAGCUUAAGUUGCUGUUUUCAAAA